AUGUCUCUCGACCAUCCAUUUGUGCAGGACUUGCGCCUGCACCCGGAGUACGCGGACCAGUUCCGCGCGGUGACUCAGGGGAAAUUGGAGCGCCACCACCAUCUGGAGUGGGCAGUGUUCGAGCAGCUCCACUGCAUGCAGGAGCUCAGCGCCGCCAUCACCCACCCCGAUUGGCGCACGCUGCUGACUAUCGCUGAGCCCACCUACACGGAGCUGGUGUGGGAAUUUUACACCACUUUCCAGUACGACAGCAAGGCGCCCCGGGAUUCGUAUGCAGUGACAUUCCGGCUGGGCGGCCACGCCCGGGAGCUCACCAUCGACGGGUUGGCCUAUGCCUUGGGGAUCGAGUACCACCCAUUCGAUCGCCACGAGGUCGAGAUCCCGCACCUGACCGACUGGCGCCAUGACUCGUUCUACCGCCGGAUAGCUAGGCGUGCAUAUGGGCAUGACGACUUCGAUCCUGGCCAGACAUACGUCCACACCCUCCAGCCGCAGUGGCAUAUCCUGAACCUGCUCCUCACUCGCUCCGUCGUCCCCAACGUCACCGGCUCGCAUAAGAUUCCGAAGCGGGUGCUGUAUGCCAUGUACUCGAUGGGGUACCCGGAGCACAUGCUCCACUUGGGUUCUUUCGUGGCCACCACCUUCUCCCGGUGCCACGGGAGACCUACUCACCUCUACUGUGGUCCGCUGAUCACUCAUUUGGCGCAGCAUUUCGACAUCAGAUUCCAGGGCCUCCAUGAUGCUUCUACACGGGGCGACUCCACCCCCCUCAGCCGGGAAGUGCUCCAUAACGCACUCCUCCUGACCAGCGAUGGCACCCGCACCUGGGUGGAUGGGCUUUCUAUGCCUCCUGAUGAGGAUGAGGCUCUCGAUGACGAUGAGGAGGACGCUGACUAUUCUGGCGCGGAGGAUGAUGAGGAUGAUGAUGGCGGGGCCAUGGAUGCCGAUGAGCCGGAGCCCUCACUCUCUCCGCCAGGGGACCUUCGGCCACGACGGAGACAGGAGCGAGGUGAGUCCUCCUCCUGUCCUUCUGGUCCGUCGAUGGACUUCUUCACGGAGCAGUUCCAGCAGAUGGGGCUCCAGUUCCAGCAGCUCGGUCUCCAGAACCAGCAGCUCAUGGACCAUCAGGUCCAGUUCUACCAGCAGUAUUCGGCCCACCAUGCCGCGUACCAGUCCAGGCUGCAGGUUGUUGACGAUCGCCUCGGCCGCUUAUAG